AUGCCGUCGUAUAAUGUAGUUUGUGAUUGGAAAACGAUCAAUUACCUCGUGGUUGUUGUCUUCUUCGCCGGAAAUGUCGAAGAAGUCAUCCCGUUGGAUGGAAUGCUCCGACUUGGCGCGACCGCUUCGCCGAAUCGUGAGGUUCUCGGAGAAUCGACGAAACGAGCUGAGCAGUGUCGUGCACGGCGACGCGGGCCUCCGCGAAUCGACGGGAUCCUCGAGAACCGGCAGCUUGAGCGAGCGGUUUUAGCACUCUCCCACACAAGCACAGUCGCGAAACGACAAGAGAAAAACGCGCGACGGUCGAUGAUGAUGAUGAUGAUGGUGGUGGUGACGGGCUCGAUGCGCGGCGGCUACUGCUCGUGCUGCAAUUGCCACUGCUCGCUUUGUCUCGAACCAAGAGGCGCGACGGGCAGAGCGAGUUGCGAAGAGGCGGCAGCUCGCGGAGAGCACGUGUUGCUAGGGAUGAGUGAUAAUCAGUUUAGUGAUAAUAAUGGUCUUCGCAAAAACGUUUUGGGGCGGUCGGCCGAGAGCAAUUAG